AAACACUGAGCACUGCACACAUGCUUAUGCAGGCUAUCUACGGAUCUACAAACUGAAUGAUUUCUGACAGAUUUCGGAGACACCGAAAACAAUUCUGAAAGAGCAGUUUCCCAUGGCCCCAUGUUCACUUGGCAUAGACAUCUGCCAGAUAAUAUCUGCUCACUGAUAGUUUAAUAGUGUCUUCAUCCCUCAGGGCGCUUUACCUUUUAUGGAGUUUUGGUGUGUUUGAGCUGUGCAAUUUAUGGCUCACUGGCAUUCACCACUGGCAUUCAUCACCGAACAUGCGUGUUUCACCAGCCAAUCAGCUGCCUUGUUGGUUUUCAAACCUUGAAAAGUGCCUUGUAUGUUAAGCAUACACCCAAAGGAUCAUGAAUAUCUCAGGAAUGUAUAUAGGAUGCAAAAAACCUUGUCCAUUACGGCAAGAAAGUUGAAAUACAAUCAAUAAAAGCAUUUUCGUUAUAUAACUAUCAUGUACAGUAUAACAUAAGCCGUGUAUUUAUUAGUAGGUCAAAUUAUUAGGUCAGAUAUUAUGUAAUGCAACAUAUUUAAAAUUCAUUUGCCUGCAAAAUGCAAAUUAGGCUACAGUCUCACGCGCUCAACAAGCAGCUGCAUAGUCAAGGAGAAGACAAACCAAUUGCAUAUGUGAUGUGACCUAUAUAUCGUUCUACUGUCUUAUUGCUCAUCAUUGCUCUCAUAUUGAUCUGCCCUCAUCACAAGGAGCAAUGUUGCAUUGUGUGUUCUUAGCUUUUCACUUUUUUGCCAAACAUGUCUGUGAGGCAAGUGAGUUUAACUUACAAGGCGACUAUAAACUUGGCGGAGUUUUUCCUGUGCAUACAGCCAGUGAGACAAUUAUUCCAAAUUCUCCUAUGGCACUGCAAUGCUACAAGCAUCCAUUUACGAUGUCAGGUUAUCAGAUGUUUGAGGUGAUGCGGUUUGCUGUAGAGCAGAUCAAUAACUCCACCACCAUCCUACCUGGCAUCACACUUGGAUACGAGAUCUUUGACUUUUGCUUGUACAAUCAGAAUUUUCCUUCAAUCCUCGAUUUUAUCUCAGACAACGGACGUAUAAAUGUAUCAAGCAAGGAAAGCAAACACAAUGUCAUUGGACUUGUUGGUACCUAUGGCAGCACUGAAGCUUUGGCCAUCGCACCCUUGUUCAUGAUGGACCUCAUUCCAAUGAUUAGCUAUGCAUCCUCGAGCUACGAUCUGAGCAAUAAGUGGGUCUAUCCAAGUUUUUUACGGACCGUACCAACUAACCAAGAUAUAAUUAUGGUCAUAAUUAAGCUCAUUCAGCAUUUCGGUUGGAAUUGGGUAGCUUUCAUUAGUAGCGACGACUCAUACAGUAAAAACGGCCUCGAAUUAUUUCGCAGUAGCGUUAAAGACACCAGCAUCUGCUUGGCCUUUUUCUAUGAAAUUACACUGAAAUCCAAUUAUACAGAGAUACUAAAGAGGAUAGACUCACUGAGCAUCAAUGUGAUCAUAGUCUUCACACUGGAAGACACUGCCCGGGCAUUUGUCGAAACAGCUGUAAGAAUCAACAUAAGAGACAAAGUUUGGAUAGCAGGCGAUGCGUGGUCUAUGGAUGCAGAGCUUUCCACUUGGCCUGGCAUUGGGCAGAUCGGGACAAUUUUUGGUGUUACAGCAACAACUCUAAAUUUGCCUGGAUUUGAUGAAUUUGUCUACCAAACACGACUCCGAGGUGAUAAUGAGUACUGUUUGAAUUGUGAGAACAGAGAGAAGUGCAGUCAAAUUUGUGAUAACUGCAUGAAUGAGAAACCUGAGGACAUUAUAAAGGAAAGCCCGACAUAUUCAUUCUCCAUCCAGGCUGCUGUGUACACUUUUGCCUAUGCACUCCACCAAGUACUCAACUGUAGCAUGGUGGGAUGUGACCCAGCUCGAGACAUACCACCUUAUGAGGUUCUGCAAAAUGUGAGAAAAACAAGUUUCAUAUUACAAGACCAGUAUAUUAGAUAUAACCAAUAUGGGGAUCCUCCAGCCAGUCUUGCAGUAGUACACUGGAGGCCAGAUGAAAACCCACUGUUCGUGGUGGUGGCUACAUAUAAUACCCACCCAACAGUUGAGUUCACCUUGAACAACGACCUAGUUCCCUGGUCUACAAAUGACACAAUGCCCUAUUCUAAUUGUUCUGUUGAAUGCGAAAGUGGAUAUAAAAGAGUACAAACUUCAAUACAUAAAUGUUGUUUUCAGUGCGAGAAAUGCAGUGCUCAUACAUACAUCAACACCACAGCGGAUGCUUACACUUGCUCUCCAUGUGAAGAGGGUUACUGGUCCGAUGAAAAGAGCAUAAUCUGCAAAAGGCGCAAUAUUGUCUUUCUUGAACUCAAGGACCCUCUGUGCAUGCUAUUUUUUGUGUGCGCUGUGGCAUUCAUUGCUAUCUCCAUUGGACUCAUCAUCCUUUUUGGCAUCAACUACAACACUCCAGUGGUAAAGUCUGCCGGUGGUAAUAUGUGCUUCCUUAUGUUGUUCUGUUUGGUUCUGGCCAACAUUGGCGUAUUCUUUUACUUUGGAGUGCCAGACCCAGUGAACUGUGCUCUAAGGAAUGUCUUUUUCAUAUUUUUCUACACUAUUUGCUUUUCUUGUAUGGGUGUUCGCUCCUUUCAAAUAGUCUGUGUCUUCAAAAUGGCUGCUCAGUUUCCAGAUGUCUACCAGUGGUGGAUGAAGAACAAUGGUCAGUGGCUUUGUAUUAAUGUCUACUCUUUCAUACAGCUUAUUGCUUGUGCGAUAUGGCUUCUAACUGGAAGACCCAAACCCUACAAUGAUAGUACGUCUUUUAAAGAUCAGACUAUUUUGACAUGCGAUAUGGGAUCAAUGGUCACAUCCACCUUGGCUUGGUCUUGUCUCUGGUUUCUUAGUAUAGUCUGUUUCUGUUUCUCCUACAUGGGUAAAGAUCUCCCAAAAAGCUAUAAUGAAGCAAAGUCCAUCACGUUUAGCUUGCUUGUAUUUUAUCUGGGCUGGAUUGCAUAUUUCACAGCAUACAUUGUGUUCAGAGGAGCUUACAUACAGCUUCUUAAUGCAGUUGCACAGCUGUCCAGCUCAUAUGGAAUCAUUUUUAGCUUCUAUAUGCCAAGGGCCUACAUCAUUAUCUUCCAACCCAAAAAGAACACUCAGGCAUACUUUCAGUCAUCAAUCCAGACAUAUACACAGACUCUUAGCAGAAUGUAGGCUUAUAGAAGUUAUAACCAAAUAUUCACUUAAUUCUCUGAAAUAUUUUCUAGUCUUCUUGGUUCAGUAAUGAUCUUUUGAUUUUUUUUUUAAUCUUUUUGAUUUUUAAGUAAUUCUAAAUAUUUAUCUUUCUAAAUCCCUUAAAUUCUUUAAAAAU